AACAAAUAACCUGGGAGUUACCUCUGCCAGCAUUCACUUCAACCUUAGUCUCGUCAGCCAGCUCGCUGGAACACUGAGUAGCAAAGAGUAUUCAGCUGUUAACAUUGGUAGCAGAGAAGAAACUCCACAGGAAUUCCUUCAGAGAACAAAAAUCCAAUAGGUGAAGCUGUUGAAGAAGCCACAAGAAGUUCAAAUCCUUAGAAAUGGCACUAUUUCAAAAAAUAGCAGACUCGUUCUCAGUUAACAAAUCCACCCGUUCAGAUGAAGACAGGGAUCAGGUUAUUCGGGAAACAAAGAAGAGGACUCGCUUAAUAAAGGAUGGUGACUGGAUUAAAAGCAAACCAUCAGAUGAAUCACAGCAUAUGGCAACUGAUGUCAACUAUGGAAAAUCUGCACUAGGCCGAGCUAAAUCCAGUGAAGGCCUGAACAGUGAUUCAAGUAAGAUGAGUGGUUUGAAGUCAACAACAAAAGCCGAUACCAUAGAUGGACGAAAAAGGGAUACGAGUAGCACUACUGAUCUCAGCAAAACACACUGGGCUUCAACUUUGGACAGACCUACAAGUGACAAAGGUAGCACCGACAUCUCCAGCCCUACAAACAAAUAUUCAAGUUUGGAAAGAAAGACCAGGACCUCUUCAUACAAAACUGAGGAAUUGCCAAAGAUGACAAUAAUUACAUCUGAAACAAAAACUGAGAGUCCAAUCAGCAAGAGCCAACAGAGCAGGACCAGUCCUGAUGGUCGAGUAACAACACAGGAAAAGUCACCUACAAAGCCAAUUUUGAAAUGGAGUAGCCAGAAAGAAGAAACUUCAAGAAGUAGCUAUGUUCCAAAGAGUUCAACACUGGAACAAAAUACUUCAAAAACACCUACCAGUGCUGAAUCUGAUAGUCUGAUUGAUCUGACACCUACCACUGAAAGUACAAGCAAGGGGUCAGAUUUUAUAUCGAAGGUUGGAAGCAAAAGCCUAAUUGAUCUUUCAAUCACUCCAGAGCAAACUAAUACAAAAAGUCCGGUUACUACUCCAACUGCUCCAGCUAGAACUUCAAGUCUUAUUGAUCUGUCACCAUCCUCUCCAGCCAAACCUAAGAGAAACAGUGGUGAGUGGGACAAUACCAGCUUUUCUACAACUACAAGCACGAAAACAUCAUUUGACCCAAAUUCAAGAAAGUCGAGGAACAGUGGAAACUGGGAUGAAUCCAGCUCAUACACCACUACAAGCACAAAGUCAACCUUCAACCCAAGGACCCCAAGUGGAGACUGGGAUGAAGUCACCUCCUACACUACAACAAGCACAAAAACAACCUUCAACCCAAGAAAUUCAAGUGAGGACUGGGACAAUACCAAUUCCCACACCACGACAAGCACAAAGACAACUUUUGAUCCAAGCUCCAGCUCUAAUUCACUUAAUGAUAAAAGUCCAGUCGUAGAACUAGAACGGUAUGAUUCUCGAUCAUCCUACAAGGAAAACAGCCCUCCAAGUGAGCAUCUUUCCGAGGAUGGUGAUUCAUACCGAUCUCCAAGUUAUUCAAAGAUCAGGAACUCCAGCUCAUCUCUCUCUGAUGGCAAGAGUCCUGCAAAGGUGAUAAGUUUAACCACUGCCUUCACCAGCGCUGAACAGAGAUCCUCAGAUAAAAAUAAGUGCAGCCAGUGUUACAAACCCAUUGAACACGGUGCUAAAAUGAUCUUGGAAGAGCUGAACAUUAAUUGCCAUGCUGCAUGCUUUAAGUGCCAAAUUUGCCACACCUCUCUUGAAAACUUGAGUGCUGGAGAUAAUUUCUGGGUUCACCAACGUGUUGUGCACUGUGAGAACUGCUAUGAUAAAGUAAAAGCACAACGAUCAUACUAAAUUGAUACAUGGACAAGUUUAUCAGUGUUUCAAUGACUAUGAUUUCAGAUUUAUUGGGGUUAGGAGGAUAUAUUUACGCUACUUUAUGAAUUUUAGAAAAAUCUCUUAAACAAAUUACCAUUCCUUUUUCUCAUUGUAAUUUCUGGACUUUAUUCCAAAACAAAGGAAUACCAUUUCCUUAGUACUCUUUAUGUAUACAUUAUAUUUUCGGGGGCAAACUGCUACGAAAGGACUGCAUCAACGGAAGUGAAGUCACUGCUUAAAGAACAGCCAUGAAAUAACUGUUCCAUUUGAUCAGUAUAUUAGCGUACCAGGAUCAAAUGUGGUUUCUUCCUCGAAAUGAUGUUCACCAGCCUCUGCCAUUGCAAAUGGAUAACCAUUGUGUUUUUAUUUUCUACCUGAAUCUACAGAGUAGUAUGUGUUGCCCAAAUUAUAAAAGAACUACAGAUGAGAUGUUGAAGUGGAAUGGCAUGUAUUAAUAGAACUGAAAUCUUCUAUCUGUUACCUGUAUAGCAAAAACAGAUUCAGUUUUUCAAGGCAGAAUUACAAAACUUGAGAAUACAUCAGAUCCAGUAUGUUGAAAGGGCAGCCUAUAUAUUACUGAGGGUUCAGGCCUGUUCAUCUCUGCACAAAUAGUUUGUUUAGUACUACAGCAAAUUUGGAAAUGUGUGAAUUGUGUUUUUUUUUUAAUUUGAAGAAUUGAGGUAAAUGGUAUUGUGGGACAAAAUCUGCUACAUAGAAUUACCAUUGCAUUGAUUAUGUCAACACUACCCUAAUUACCACGCAAGCUUAAGAUUUGCAAAAUUCUUAAGCAUAAUUUGAAAAAAAAAAGAGUUCUUUAAAAGCAAGGGACAGAAAUUUGAAAGGAACACUUUAUAUCUAAUUUCUGUAGUUAAACACUGCUUUUAGGGAGGUUUAUAUUUCUGUAAAUGAUAUUAGCAUUUUAUUUCAACUACUAUUGAUAUCUAUGUAACAAACAAUCUGGGUCAAAUUUUCUUUUUGCACAUAUAGUCUUACAGCUGAUUGUACUGAUGGAAGCCGCUGACAAGAUCAUUCAAACAAGCUCACACAAAUAUAUGUCCAGUGGCAUUACACGUUGUGGUGAUAUUUCCACCAGUAAUUUAUAGAUACCAUUCUGUUUGUAGAACCACUCCUGCGGUAACAGCUUAAACAUAACUUCAGUAAAAAUCACAUUGUUUAUGCUUGUUCUUGCUCAUGGUAGCAACAAGCAAAAUCAAUAAAUAUUCAUUUUGCUUCUUUGAACACCACAUCUAAAUGCUGCAAGCGAGAAAAUCUGGCCCAUUUGUAUUUAACAUUUUUAAAUAUAGCUUUUAAUAAACAAAAAGUAUGGUUUGGAUCAAUUGAGACUUAAACAGAAGUGGAAUCAGUGGAUCCAUCAAUCCCAUCUUUAGAAUUCUUGAACAUCAUGUAUGUUACUCGGAGACAGCUGUGAUACAUCAUCAUCUAUAAAAGCAAAAUCUUUUACAUUCACUGGAGAAUUAACUUGUGAAACUCAAUUUUUUUAUUACUUUAUUGAACAAUUGAAUUCACAGUUGCAUCAGGAACGGUGAAAUUGAGGACACUAAAAUCUUUGAAAGCUCAACCCGCCUUAUUCAACACCUCUUGUAAUAGAGAGUAAACAUAAACAUUGAACAAAAAUUCAGUGGUGAGAAUAAACACAUUAGCAGGAACAAUGCUUUGGUGGAUCAAACGAUCAUUUGUCAGAAGCAAACAACAAUCUGAGUUCCCAUUUUAAAUGAAAUCUUUGUGUCAGGAAUAUAUUAACUAAAAUUAUGUCUAUGUACUAAUGCAUGAAUAUUCAGCAAGAAAAAAUGUUGGUACAGUACUAUUUUGUUAAUGAUCUCUAAUAUUGUGUUAAUAAAAAGGAAGGACUGACCAAAUUAGGUAAA